CUGCUGAUGUUGACAAACGCUGAAGACGUUUGUGUUGAACCGACACAUCAUUCACACGGACUCACGGACUCUGUGGAGCUUUUAGCAAGAACUCACGGAGACUUUCACCUCAGAAGAACGGGUGAUCUGCAUUCUGAUUGGCUGCUGGCUGGUUAUGGAGCAUCCUUAUAUCAAAAAGAUUUCCAUCGCUCAGGGUUGGAUGGUUUGUGGGAGCUAAUGCAUGGGGGACAGCGAUACGUGUGCAGUCGGUGUGAAGCUGUGAUUGAGGCUGCUGUGGGGUGUGCAGUUUCUCACAUUCUGUAGAGGACACACAUACACACACACAGAGAAACACUCAAGAGUGUGUGUUAGGCAGACAGCUGUGGGAUUCACUCGCUCGCUGGAGUUGCGCUCACAGAAGAUGGAUCUCUUGAGGACUUGCUUGCGUUGGGUCUGUGUGCUGGUCAUUGGAAUUUUGGGACUUGUGGAGGAGAACUUGGCUAAUGUUCUGGACACCAUGCUGCUGAGGAAUCCUGGGAAGGUGGAAGAACGUCGGGAGACAGGAAGUGAUGCGCCGGCUCUACCUCAGCGUUUCCUGUGGUGUUACUGUUACCAUCACUGUCCGGAGGACUCCACUAAUAACACAUGCAGGACGGAUGGUUACUGCUUCACCAUGGUGGAGGAAGAGGGUGGAGCGGCUGUGGUGACGUCAGGUUGUCUGGGUCUGGUCGGAUCAGAGUUUCAGUGCCGAGACACGGGGAACUCUAAACAGCGGCGAGCGCUCGAGUGCUGCACAGAUCAGGACUACUGUAACAGAGACCUACAUCCAACACUGCCUCCCCUACGAACACCCAGUUACGUGGUGGGAGACAUUCAUCAUAUUGCUCUGCUCAUCUCAGUGACCGUCUGUAGCUUCAUCCUCACUUUCAUCAUCAUCUUCUGUUACUUCAGGUAUAAGCGGCAUGAGUUAGUCCCGCGCUACAGCCUCGGCCUGCAUCCGGAUGAGACGCUCAUUCCUCCGGGAGAAUCCCUGCGGGAUCUCAUAGAGCAGUCCCAGAGCUCCGGCUCAGGGUCAGGACUCCCCCUGCUGGUGCAGCGCACUAUAGCCAAGCAGAUCCAGAUGGUGACACAGAUCGGGAAGGGCCGUUAUGGAGAGGUGUGGAUGGGGAGAUGGAGGGGAGAGAAAGUAGCUGUGAAAGUCUUUUUCACCACAGAGGAGGCCAGCUGGUUCAGAGAGACAGAGAUAUAUCAGACUGUGCUCAUGAGACAUGAGAAUAUACUGGGAUUGAAACACUGUUGUGUCUCAUCAAACAGCGACACUAAUGAAGUGGACAUCCCGCUGAACACACGCGUGGGCACCAAACGCUUCAUGGCUCCUGAAGUUCUGGACGAGACUCUGAACAGGAACCAUUUUCAGUCCUACAUCAUGGCCGACAUGUACAGCUUCGGCCUCAUUCUGUGGGAGAUCGGCCGCCGGUGUGUGUCUGGAGGUAUCGUAGAGGACUAUCAGCUGCCGUAUCAUGAUCACGUUCCUAAUGACCCGUCAUAUGAAGACAUGCGAGAGGUGGUCUGUAUUAAGAGAAUACGGCCAUCUUUCCCCAACCGCUGGAGCAGUGAUGAGAAAGUAUAG